AUGGGCUAUUUUAAGAAUGUUAUACCUGAUCUGCCUUUUGCUUCUGGCUUAUAUAUAUCCCUUGGACAACGAUCUUCAGUGAAAGAGAAGGAAUUAUCCGACAUCCAGUCCCAUUUCCAAAUUCUCAUUGAUUACCAUUUUAGGAUCCUUACGCCUGAGAAGACAAGUACCACCUUGGUACGGGGAUAUGAUUUCGAGGUCUUCUUGGCUUCUCUAAGAGAGGGAACGAGCGCGAGUGAAGGAACUGGUUAUUAUGUGAUAGGAAGAGAGGGGUUGUCAGCGGAAGAAGCUCUCAAGCUCAGAAGCUACAACGCGCUGGUGCAGAGUUCAAUGCCGGAGGAGUGGAAGUAUUACAAGGCGGAGGAAGAGUGCUUUGAGUCGUCGCACGAAGCGUUCCGGACGGCUUUCCCUCGCGGCUUUGCGUGGGAAGUGAUCGCCGUUUACUCGGGGCCCCCGGUGAUCGCUUACAAAUUCCGACACGAGGGCUUCUUCGAGGGGUCCUUCAAAGGCCACGCUCCGACCGGCGAGAUGGUUCAGUUCUACAGCAUGGGCCUUCUCAAGGUAGACGAAUCUCUGAGGGUAGAAGAAGUUAAAAUAUACUACGAUCCGGCGGAGUUGUUCGGUGGCUUGCUUAAGAGGCCGUCCGCUGCUCGUCGCUGCCCCUUCCAUAAAUAG